AUGGCCACCAGCGAGCCCGGGACGGCGCAGCCCAAGGCAGAGGAGCAGCAGAGCAUCGGGACGCGGGUGGCCAGCCUGCCCCUGGUCAGCUCAGCCUACGACAUGGUCUCCACCGCCUACGCCUCCACCAAGGAGAGCCACCCCUAUGUCAAGUCCGUCUGCGACGCUGCCGAAAAGGGGGUGAAGACGCUGACGGCGGCGGCGGUGAGCGGGGCCCAGCCCAUCCUCACCAAGCUGGAGCCGCAGAUUUCCACCGCCAACGAAUACGCCUGCAAGGGGCUGGAUAAGCUGGAGGAGAAGCUGCCCAUCCUGCAGCAGCCCACGGAGAAGCUCAUCUCAGACACCAAGCAGCUGGUGACAUCCACGGUGACGGGGGCCAAGGAUGUCCUGACCAGCACCGUGGCCGGGGCCAAGGACGCGGUGACCAGCCGGGUGACGGGUGUGAUGGACAUGACCAAAGGGGCCGUGCAGGGCAGCGUGGAGCUGACCAAGUCGGCGGUGAGCAGCGGCGUCAGCACCGUCAUGGGCUCAACCGUGGGCCAGAUGGUGGUGAGCGGGGUGGGCUCCAUGCUGGAGAAGUCUGAGGAGCUGGUGGACCAUUACCUGCCCAUGACGGAUGAGGAGCUGGCCAAGCUGGCCACAGCCGUGGAGGGCUUUGAAAUGGAGCAGCAGAAGCAGCAGCAGAGUUACUUCGUGCGCCUGGGCUCCCUCUCGGCCAAGCUGCGGCACCGAGCCCUCCAGCACUCCUUGGGCAAGCUGCAGAGCGCCCGCAGCAGCAGCCAGGACGUGCUGGCCCAGCUCCAGCGCACCCUCGACCUGGUGGAGCAUCUCAAGCAGGGCAUGGACCAGAAGCUGCAGGGAGGGCAGGAGAAGCUGCAGCAGAUGUGGCUGGAAUGGAGCAAGAAGCAACCGGGCGGUGGCAAGGACCUGGUGCCACCAGAGCCGGUGGAGUCGGGGACGCUGGCCCUGCUGCAGGGCUUGACGCAGCAGCUCCAGAGCUCCUGUCAGCCCUUGGUGUCCAGCCUCCAGGGCCUCCCUGCUGGCAUCCAGGAGACGGCGGGGCAGGUCCGGCAAAACGUGGAGGAGCUACGGGCAGCCCUCGCCUCCGCUGCCUCCCUCCAGGACGUGACGGGCAGCGUGCUGGCCCAAGCCCGUGCCCGUGCCACCAAAGCCCGCCAGCUGAUGGACGAGCUGGUGGAGCACGUGGCCCACAACACCCCCCUGACCUGGCUGGUGGGACCCUUUGCCCCCUCAGGCCAGCGCAUGGUGGACCUGGAGGUGCAGUAG